AUGCGCACUUUCGAAGUGUUCCAGCAGACCUUUGCCCCUGGCGCCGCCACGCCCAUCCACGAGCACGCCUGCAACGAGGUCUUUCUUGUGAUGCGGGGCGAGGGGACAGCUUUCAUUCGCGACAAGGCGAGUGGUGCAAGUGCCGGUUCGCACCAAUCGACGUUCAACAUCCUGCCUGGCGCACGGCACCAGCUGGUGAACACAGGCGCAGAAGACUUCCAGGCGCUGGUCGUGACCGAUAACCCGCCAUUCCGGGUGGGCGCAGCUUGA